AUGGCUAUUGUCCUGUCCUCCACGGCUUUUGUGUCACUUCAACAGGGCAGACCAGACAAGUUGAAGGACUUGAGUUCGGCCAGAGGCUCUGCAAACAACAGCAAUGGAAUGUCAUCAGCCAGCUCAACCAUGCCCUUUGCGCUUGUCCUUGGUGCUGCAGCAGUUGGAGCUGCGGGGUUGAGCCGAAGCGGCCGUAAAGUGGGUCAGUCAAGAGCCUCAGCAGUGGUCCGCCAUGCCGAUGCCAAGCCUCACGUGAACAUCGGCACCAUUGGCCACGUUGACCACGGCAAGACCACUCUGUCAGCCGCAAUUUCUCUGGUCUGCGGCCAGUUCAGCACUUCUGGUGACACCGCGCAGAAGUCCUACGAGGAGAUUGACAACGCUCCAGAGGAGCGCUCUCGCGGUAUCACUAUUAACGCCUCUCACAUUGAGUAUGAGACUCCAAACAGGCACUACUGCCACGUGGACUGCCCCGGACACGCAGAUUAUGUCAAGAACAUGAUCACAGGAGCAUGCCAGAUGGAUGGAGGAAUUCUGGUGAUCUCUUCACCAGACGGACCGAUGGCCCAGACCCGUGAGCACAUUCUUCUGUCGAAGCAGGUGGGUGUGCCAAAGCUUGUGUGCUUCAUGAACAAGGUUGACAUGAUGGAUGACGAGGAGCUUUUGGAGCUGGUUGAGCUGGAAACUCGCGAGAUGUUGAGCCAGUACGGCUUCCCUGGCGAUGACACACCAUUCAUCCAAGGAUCUGCCUUGCAAGCCCUGGAAGCAAUGAAGAGCAAUCCAGGAACCAAGAAGGGUGAGGACAAGUGGGUUGACAAGAUCCUGGAGCUCAUGGAGACCGUGGAUGACUACAUUCCAACCCCAGAGCGUGACACCGACAAGCCAUUCCUUUUGGCUGUGGAGGACGUGUUCUCAAUCUCAGGACGAGGAACUGUGUGCACUGGCCGAGUUGAGCAGGGUAUUGUGAAGAAGGGUGACGAGGUGGAGAUUUUGGGCCGUGGCAAGAAGCCUCAGAAGUCCGUGAUCACCGGCAUUCGAAUGUUCAACACAGAUCUCCCAGAAGGCCCAGCUGGCUACACGGUCGGCGUGCUGUGCCGUGGUAUCGAGAAGGAUGCAGUGUUCCGCGGUCAGGUGAUUUGUGCACCAGGUGCCACGACAACUCACACCAAGUUCAAGGCCAACAUUUACUUUGCAAAGAAGGACGAGGGUGGCCGAAACAACCCAGUGAUGCCUGGAUACAUGCCUGUCUUCUACUUCCGCACCUGCGAUGUGACCGGCAAGAUUGAGGGCAUGACCAGCUCCGAAGGAAGUGAGGUGCAGAUGGCCAUGCCAGGAGAUGACGUCACCUGCGAAUGCGAGCUCAUUGCCGCCACCCCCAUUGAGAAGGGCAUGCGCUUCGCCAUGCGUGAGGGUGGCAAGACCAUUGGCCAGGGUCUGAUCACCGAGACCAUGUAG